AUGCCCGCAAUCCUGUUUUCUCAAACGGGCCUGGCCGGAGAAAAGACCGGUAGAUUGCUGCACAUUGCUACUGUGGCCUUUCUCGUCCACAUAUCCAAUGCGAGCGUGACUGAUAUCCCUGGCAUCUAUGGGCCUCUUCCGGUGGUAGCUGUCUCCAAUGUGAACAACAUAAAUCUAUAUCUGAAGAAGCACCCAGGUGACUUUGUCCAUCCUGGACUUUGGCACACGCACGAGGACCUGGAACGCGUUCGCAAUAAUGUCUUGUCCAACACCGAGCCUUGGGCAUCAACAUACGCCAACUUCAGCGUUGACAGUUACUCCCUGGCAAAUUACACCAUGAAAGGCCCCUACUCUGUCUUGUCUCGGGGGAAGAUCAGCAACUACACGUCCUUUGCCAGUGACGCACGUGCUGCGUGGCAAAAUGCGCUUAUGUGGUAUAUCACUAAAGAUCAAAGCCAUUGGAACCGCAGCACUACCAUUCUAGACGCUUGGGGCUCGAAACUUACCGACAUCAUUGGUACUGAUCGGUCUCUCAUGAUUGGUCUGGACGGAGACCUGUUCGUUAAUGCCGCUGAAAUUAUGCGCUGGGAGGGAAAUUGGACCGAGUCUGGCAUGUCUUGGAAAGGAGGAUCCGGCUUCAGUAAUCAGCUCUAUUGGCUCUUCUCUCGACAGGGGGCAGUCAUUGGGCAGGCGAAUUACGGUAUGGUCAGCAUCAAAUCGUUGUUGAGCUUUGCAGUCUACUUGGAUGAUGUCAACCUUUAUAACUAUGCCAUGAACGCUUUCAUCAACGACCCGUGCAGCAGUGUUUUUGCCAUGUACAACCCGUCUACUGGACAAUCUGUGGAGUCCGGUCGGGACCAAGGCCACACACAAUCGGGCAUUGCAUGGACCGCUUACGGAGCCCGAGUCGCACAAAGCCAGGGGACUGAUCUCUAUGGGCUUGGGGAUAAUCGGUUGUUGAAAGCAGCUGAGUAUACCGCCAAGUUUAACUUGAAUGAGACGGUGACCUAUGAUCCAGCAUGGCAUAGGUGUGAAGCCGUCAUGGUCGGCGCGCCUUGGCCUACCAUCGCCGAAUACAAUAAACAGAUCUCCCAUACGCUACCAAUCUGGGACAUCAUUUACUACCAGUAUGUUGUGAAGCGGAAGUUGAAAGGGCCGUGGACAACUGAGGCCCAUAAGAAGGAAGGGAAUGAGGUGGCGGUAACUUCGAACGACCAUCCAAGUUGGGGUGGCCUUAUUUGGGCUUAUUAG